CUCUCGCUGGUCCCCUCCCCCACUGCUGCGCCGGGAGAGUUAGGCCGGGGAAGUUUCCACGCAGGAGCCCAAACUUUCUACUUCUAGCGAAAGCCCGCAUCGGAGGGCGACGGCCGGCGAGCCGGAGCGAGAGCCGGAGUGGCGCGGGGCUAGGGUCGGGCGGCUGGCUCAGCCCCUGCGGUAGCGCCAGCGCUAGCGCGGGCUCAGCUCGCAGGAAGAACUGAGGCUCCAGGCGCCGCAGCAGCCGCGUCUCCCGGCCCGGGCUUGGCCAAAUGCUCCGGCCGGCGGGACAGGACCCAAAGGCUCUGCGGUGCCCAAGGCCGGGAACGGUCGCCGAGAGCAGCCGCCGCCGGCUGCUUUGUCCAGCCCGGGGCCCAGCGAGCGCGCAGAGAGCGGGGCGCGCAGAGAGAGAGCCGGCUUGCCGCGUCGCCGCCCGCCUGCCCGCCCUCCGGCUUUGUGCCGCGCUCGGCUCCGGCGCAAAGGAGCCCUCUGGCAUCGGAGCGCCGAGGGGCACAGCGCCCGCCGCCAGCUCGAGCGGAGGCAGUCGGCAAGGCAGCCACAAGCUGGAGGCAGAGAGAAAAGAGCAAGCGUGUGCAAGCCGGAUAGGAAGCCACCAGGCCACCGCGGUUGGACGCGCGCGCCGAGGGAGCUGGGAGCCGAGAGCGAGGACUGCCAGCUUCCAUCAAGCCUCCAGGCUAUUGCCCCCAACUUAUUGGAGCGCGGCUCGGAACGUGAAACUCUGCUCCCCAGGCGCCCCCCACCCCUCUUCCUUGCCCUGCGAAGGCCAGGGCGUGCCCCGUGCUGCAGCCCCCCUAGCUCGGGGGAAGACUUUAACUAGGGGCGUGCAGAUGUGUGAGGCCUUUUAUUGCAAGAGUGGACAGACAUCCUUGAUAUCAGAGCCCCCAAAUUCGAGCCCCGUGGGAUCCUGCGGCCCCCAGCCAACGCCAGCAUGCAGAACAGUGUCCAACGGAUGUGUGAGUAAAAUUCUGGGCAGGUAUUACGAGACUGGCUCCAUCAGACCCAGGGCAAUCGGUGGUAGUAAACCAAGAGUAGCGACUCCAGAAGUUGUAAGCAAAAUAGCCCAGUAUAAGCGGGAGUGCCCGUCCAUCUUUGCUUGGGAAAUCCGAGACAGAUUACUGUCCGAGGGGGUCUGUACCAACGAUAACAUACCAAGUGUGUCAUCAAUAAACAGAGUUCUUCGCAACCUGGCUAGCGAAAAGCAACAGAUGGGCGCAGAUGGCAUGUAUGAUAAACUAAGGAUGUUGAACGGGCAGACCGGAAGCUGGGGCACCCGCCCUGGUUGGUAUCCCGGGACUUCGGUGCCAGGGCAACCCACACAAGAUGGCUGCCAGCCACAGGAAGGAGGGGGAGAGAAUACCAACUCCAUUAGCUCCAAUGGCGAAGACUCAGAUGAGGCUCAAAUGCGACUUCAGCUGAAGCGGAAGCUGCAAAGAAAUAGAACAUCCUUUACCCAAGAGCAGAUUGAGGCCCUGGAGAAAGAGUUUGAGAGAACCCAUUAUCCAGAUGUGUUUGCUCGGGAAAGACUAGCAGCCAAAAUCGAUCUACCUGAAGCAAGAAUACAGGUAUGGUUUUCCAAUCGAAGGGCCAAAUGGAGAAGAGAAGAAAAACUGAGGAAUCAGAGAAGGCAGGCCAGCAACACACCUAGUCAUAUCCCUAUCAGCAGUAGUUUCAGCACCAGUGUCUACCAACCAAUCCCGCAGCCCACCACGCCUGUUUCCUCCUUCACAUCUGGCUCCAUGUUGGGCCGAACAGACACAGCCCUCACAAACACGUACAGCGCUCUGCCGCCCAUGCCCAGCUUCACCAUGGCAAAUAACCUGCCUAUGCAACCCCCAGUCCCCAGCCAGACCUCCUCGUACUCCUGCAUGCUGCCCACCAGCCCGUCAGUGAAUGGGCGGAGUUACGAUACCUACACUCCCCCACAUAUGCAGACACACAUGAACAGUCAGCCAAUGGGCACCUCGGGCACCACUUCAACAGGACUCAUUUCUCCUGGUGUGUCAGUUCCAGUUCAAGUUCCCGGAAGUGAACCUGAUAUGUCUCAAUAUUGGCCAAGAUUACAGUAAAAAAAAAAAAAAAGGAAAUAUUGUGAUAACGCAGUCAGUGACUAUGUGGACACGACAGUUGGGAGUUCAGGAAAGGAAAAUGGCUGUUAGAAGCACUUGGGUUCUGCAUCCGGGUCCUGUGUCAUACCCCUGGGGAAAUGGACUUGAAACAAGGACCUUUGCAUACACAAGGCACGAUAUCAGUUGGAACAAAUCUUCAUUUUGGUAUCCAAACUUUUAUUCAUUUUGGUGUAUUAUUUGUAAAUGGGCAUUUGUAUGUUAAUAAUGAAAAGAAAAAAAAAAAGAACAAUGUAGCCUGGAUGGAUGUUUGAUCUGUGUUGGUCAUGAAGUUGUUUAAAAAAAAAAAAAAGGAAACCAUGAUCAACAAAUUUUUUUUUUCCACGAAUUUAAGUUUUAUCAAGAUAUAUCGAAUACUUCUACCCAUCUGUUCAUAGUUUAUGGACUGAUGUUCCAAGUUUGUAUCAUUCCUUUGCAUAUAAUUAAACCUGGAACAACAUGCACUAGAUUUAUGUAAGAAAUAUCUGUUGGUUUUCCAAAGGUUGUUAACAGAUGAACUUUAUGUGCAAAAAAGGGUAAGAUAUAAAUUCAAGGAAGAAAAAAGUUGAUAGCUAAACGGUAGAGUGUGUCUUCGAUAUAAUCCAAUCUGUUUUAUGUCAAAAUGUAAGUAUUUGUCUUCCCUAGAAAUCCUCAGAAUGAUUUCUAUAAUAAAGUUAAUUUCAUUUAUAUUUGACAAGAAUACUCUAUAGAUGUUUUAUACACAUUUUCAUGCAAUCAUACGUUUCUUUUUGGCCAGCAAAAGUUAAUUGUUCUUAGAUAUAGAUGUAUUACUGUUCACAGUCCAAUCAUUUUGUGCAUCUAGAAUUCAUUCCUAAUCAAUUAAAAGUGCUUGCAAGAGUUUUAAACUUAAGUGUUUUGAAGUUGUUCACAACUACAUAUCAGAAUUAACCAUUGUUGAUUGUAAAAACCAUGCCAAAGCCUUUGUAUUUCCUUUAUUAUACUAUUUUCUUUUUAACCUCA